GUUAGGCAGCUCUGCUCCGCCCCCUUCAAACUGGCAACCGCUGAAGCUAGCAGCAGAGCAACUGUUACUUCGGAUGCACACAUUGAAUGAAAGUCGCUGUGACGUUAGCAGGCGGUUGCCACCAGCAACUGGAAAUAUCUCCUCACCGUUAAAUUAUCUUUAACGGGCACUUAGGUGAGACUGUAUUAGCAGAGAUUGUUUUGCACGUUGGCAAGACUCAGGCUCGGGGCAUUUGUGGAAGGGGAAGGACCGUUGCCUGUGUGUGGCGAUGCAGCGGGUCACGGCGCAGCUCGUCGCCGGUCUGGUUGCGGCGGUGCUGUCGCUGCUGGCAGAGCAGUGCUGGGCGGACGGCGGGGGCCUCAGCCUGGCAGAACGGGUUAUAUGGGCUGUAAAUUGCGGGGGUGAAUCGCAUGUGGACGUGCACGGUAUUCAUUUCAAAAAGGACCCUUUGGAAGGAAAACUUGGUAAAGCAUCUGAUUAUGGAGUGCGUCUGCCAAUCCUGCGCUCCAGUACAGAGGACCAGAUUCUGUAUCAGACAGAGCGCUACAAUGAGGACACUUUUGGAUAUGAUAUUCCAAUACGUGAGGAAGGAGACUAUAUACUAGUUAUGAAGUAUGCAGAAGUUUACUUCGCCCAGUCACAGCAAAAGGUGUUUGACGUGCGUCUAAAUGGCCAUGUGGUGGUAAAGGACCUGGAUAUCUUUGAGCGAGUUGGUCACAGUACCGCUCAUGACGAGAUAGUGUCCUUUUCUAUUAGACGCGGCAAGCUGAGCGUGGAAGGCGAGGUGUCUACUUUUAAUGGCAAGCUCACUGUGGAGUUUGUCAAGGGUUACUAUGACAACCCCAAGGUCUGCGCUCUCUAUGUGAUGAAAGGAACAUUAGAAGAUGUGCCAAAACUCCAGCCUCACCCAGGCUUGGAGAAGCCAGAGGAAGAGGAGGAGGAAGAGGAGGAGAGUGAGCCCGGCGAGGAAGGCGGGAAGAAAAAGGUGCCCGCAGGUUCCAAGACCAGGGUCCAGUCGGGGCCCCGGACACCGAACCCGUACGCAGCCGACAACAGCAGCCUGAUGUUUCCCAUCCUCGUGGCGUUCGGGGUCUUCAUCCCCACACUGUUCUGCCUCUGUCGGCUGUGAGCCGCAACCAGCGGCCCAGGGGACGUCAGGGAGACGAGACGGAGUGACGCUUUGGAGCCAGGGC